UUCCACCCGAGUCCCAAUUCCACUCCACCGCGCUUUCCUAUUGCCCACGAUGCCUCCUACUGUUCUCGGAAAAAGAACCCGCAGCUCCGCGAAUGCAGAUGCGUCUGAUGCCAGCUCUACUGUAGCAACUCGCGCAAAAAGAAGGGCACACUUCGUGAUUCUCGACGAUGCUGAGAAUGAGAACCCCUUUGUCACUCCAAGCAAAAAUGCCCCCGUCAAUGGCAACGCUAUGGACGUUGACGAACCAAUCGAGGAGAAGCCACCGAGUAAACGGGGAAGGAGAGCUGCAACCACGCCUGCUAAACACAGCUCCCCCGAGACGCGACUACCAUUGUCAACCGCCAAGCUUAAUUCACCAUCGAAAGCACCUGCCGCAGUCUCACAAAAACCAGCCCAGGCUACAACGCCCCAUACUCCGCGCCACCGGGACGCGCUCUCAAAGAAGGUCGCGGUAACGCCAAGGCAUCGCCUCAUUGUCGCUGGGCGGCCUCUCACACCUCGAACGUCCCACACACCUUCGACGCCUCGCAAUACUGCUCCCACUGUCUACAAUGAAGCUCGCCAAGUAUUUGCCCGAGGCUCUGCGCCAGCAAUAUUGUUCGGACGCAAUGAGGAGCGAAAGGAACUCGAGGCAUUCAUCUCAACACGCACUAAGGCAAAGAAGUCUGGCUGCCUCUACGUCUCUGGUCCUCCUGGCACUGGAAAAAGUGCUUUGGUCAAUGAAGUCUGCGGCACAAUUAAGUCUGCGGGGAGUGUCAAGACUGGCUACAUUAACUGUAUGAGUGUCAAGGAUGCGGUAGAUCUGUACCGAAAGUUGUUAGAAGAGUUCGUCGAUAUUACCGAAAUUGCAGAAGGCCAGGAGGUCGAUGCUUUAAAGACACUCUUCAUGCAACGCAAGACCUCAUAUGUCGUCACACUCGAUGAAGUGGACCACCUUUUAGAACUUGACACCGAUCUCCUCUAUAACAUCUUCGAGUGGUCGCUCCAACAUUCUUCAGGUCUUGUUCUUGUUGGCAUUGCAAACGCUCUCGAUUUCACGGAUCGGUUUCUACCUCGAUUAAAGGCUCGUGGCCUCAAGCCCCACCUGCUGCCGUUCCUACCCUACACUGCACCUCAGAUCGCUUCUGUCAUUACUUCGAAGCUGAAGGCCUUACUACCUGCGGACUCAAACCAUGUACCGUUUCUCCACCUAACCGCCAUCCAGUUCCUCUCCAAGAAGGUGGCAGCACAGUCUGGUGAUCUCCGCAAGGCAUUUGACAUCUGCCGCCGAGCGAUCGAUCUUAUCGAGGCUGAUACCCGUGAUCAAUACGCGAAGAAACUAACCGAAAUUACUCCAUCUCCUACACCUUCUCCAUCCAAGAUUCCUCUGGUCGAAAAUAUGAAUCUCUCUUCACCAGUCAUUCGAACACCUUCAAAGAUCAAGUCGCAAAAUCCACUCGCUGCUUCCAUGACCCAACUCACGAUUGAGAACGCACCACGAGCCACCAUUGCUCACGUGGCACGAAUCACCGCUGCUGUUUUCAGCAACGGUACAGUUCAACGCCUCCAAAACCUCAAUCUUCAACAAAAGGCAGUCCUAUGUGCUCUAUCAGCUCUAGAAAGGAAGAAACGGAGCUCCGCGGCAGACAGUGUGCUAGCAACCCCAUCGAAGGCCCACAGCACCGCACCAACCAUCAGGGACCUCUUUGAAGCUUACACCACCCUGUGCAAACGAGAGAAUAUCCUACAUCCGCUUACCAGCACCGAAUUCCGGGACAUUGUCGGAAGUCUGGAAACACUCUCGCUCAUAUCAGCUAUAGAAGGCAAGGCAGGGUCACUUGUUGUCACGGCCGGAACCCCAAGGAAGAAGGGUCGCGGCGGAGGAUUUGGAGGCGCUGUUGUUGAAGAUCGUCGUGUUGCAAGCUCUGUCGGGGCGACGGAGCUGGCUGCUGCUCUCGUGGGCCCUGGGAGUGGUAUUCUGAAGGGUAUCUUGGAGGGAGACGAGGCUUGCUGA